AUGGCACGGCUUUUGAUUCAAAGUGUCUGUGCGGUGAUUCCUUUUCUUUUCUUGUGUUUAGCUUAUUCUCUGGAUGAAGUGGAUCAGAUGACGCGGGAGCUCCGGAAGAAGUCGAAGCAGCCCAUUCCUGAGGAUGCUUCCGGCUUUGAGAGGUUUUAG